AUGUCCUUCCCAACUUCAAUAAAUCUUGACAACUGCGAACAAGACUCAUCCAACAAAUACAUUUGCAGCACGUCUGCUCCGAACAGUGACUACGAAAAUGCAAAGAACGAUGCGCAAAGCGCCUUCGACAGCGCUGUGAAAGCGCAGCAGAGAACAAUUGGCAUAGGCGUGGGGGUUGGAGUGGGACUGUUUCUCCUUUUCGCUGGCCUGGCUAUCUGGGCGUUCCGACGGCAUAGCAAGAAGCGAACGCGACAAAUAAACGAACAGGCACAGACGCAGGCGAGUGUGCUACAGCCAAAGAUGUCACAGACGAACCCACCGCAAUCGUGGAUAGGUCAGCGAGAUGAAGUGGACGGGCUAGCAUACAGGACUGAGGUUGAGGCUCAAGACAAACCGCAGCAGUACCAGCCGUACCAGGCCCAGGAGAUGAACGCGAAUCCCGCAUACCAACGCCGAAACCGUGCUCAACACGUGUACACGACUAUCAACGGCGCCAGACAGUCAAUAAGCCUCUUUGAUACUUUCAAGACCAUGCUUCUCAACCCUCGAACUCUGGCUCUGGCCGCUCUUUUCUCCACACUGGUUACUGGUCGGCCUUUUGACUCACCAAAACAGCGCGACAUUGGUCGACGCGACAAGAGCUAUUCGGUUGUGAAUGUUGGUGGAGAUUCAUCAACUCCAGUGCCUGCGACAGCCACUUCGGUGAUUGAGACGACAAAGACUGUCGAAGUCGUCGGUCCGGGAGCAACAAUCACUCAGGAAGUUACUACAACCGUCAUCAAGCCUCAGCCGGCGCCAGCACCGACAACCAGCUGCAGCUCGAGCAGCGCAUCGAAGUCUUCGUCUUCGUCAACACCCGCUCCAACAACGACGUCGACGUCGACUCCAGGAGGAUCUUCAUCAAGUCCCAGUCCGUCGGUACCUUCAUCAACAUCCAUGGCAACAUCAACCAUCUCAAGCUCGUUCUUUAGUAGCAUGUCGACACCAAUCGAGACGCCGAAGCCAAUAUUCGUUACCGUCACAAUAUCGAAGGACGAAGGUCCUACCGAGUACUAUGACGAUGGCAUGUGGCACACGCACUACCGCAUCAAAACGUUCGAGGCUGCCGCAGUGGCGGCGGUGCCUAUGCACCACGACCAGCUCUCCACAACCCCGGACGAUCCGCUUCUCUCGCACACAAUGGCGUCGCCGCCCCCCGUAGAAGACCAGGCUCGUCUGCUCGAAGAUGCCCUCGCCGUGGUGCGCCAGCAGACGAUGCUCAUGCGGCGGUGUCUCGAGACGCCGGGCAAGUUGAUGGAUGCGCUCAAGUGCAGCUCGACACUUGUUUCCGAACUUCGGACCAGCAGCCUCGGCCCGAAGCAGUACUACGAGCUCUACAUGGCCGUCUUCGAUGCCCUGCGCCAUCUCGCCGUCUACCUCCGCGAGAACCACCCCGUAAACCACCUUGCCGACCUCUACGAACUCGUCCAGUAUGCCGGAAAUAUCAUCCCCCGCUUGUACCUCAUGGUCACCGUCGGAACCGUCUACAUGGCUAUUGAGGAUGCGCCCGUCAAGGAGAUUAUGAAGGACAUGAUGGAGAUGAGUCGCGGAGUCCAACACCCUAUCCGCGGUCUGUUUUUGCGCUACUACCUUGCGGGUCAAGCACGCGACUGCCUUCCAUCUGGCGACAGCGAGGGGCCCGAGGGCAAUCUCCAAGACUCCAUCAGCUUCAUCUUGACAAACUUUGUCGAGAUGAACAAGCUGUGGGUGCGACUACAACAUCAGGGACAUUCCAGGGAGCGCGAACAGCGGACCAAAGAGCGACAGGAACUGCAACUUCUCGUGGGAAGCAACCUGGUCAGGCUCAGCCAAUUGGUUGACUUGGACAACUACAAGAAGAUCUUGAACCCGUUGCUAGAGCAGAUUGUACAAUGUCGAGAUGUUCUCGCGCAAGAAUACCUGCUCGAGGUUGUUACACAGGUCUUCCCUGACGAAUUCCACCUACACACGCUCGAUCAGUUCCUCUCUGCCGUUGCGCGCUUGAACCCACAUGUAAACGUCAAAGCCAUUGUCGUAGGCCUCAUGGACCGAUUGUCGUCGUAUGCGCAAAGAGAAGCCGAGUCCGAAAGCCCGGAACAGCGAAAAAAGACGGAAGAGGAGUCGAUAGCACAGCUCAUGGAACAAAUGCGGAUAGCAAAGGAGAAGAAGGCGGCCGAACCAGAGCCAGCGCCAGCGCAGCAGAACGGAGACGCACCAGAGACUUCGGAGACAGAACCAAGCACAGAAGAGGCUUCCGAAGAACCCCCCAAACCAACGGAUACCUCUGCUGAGACUGAAGAGAACCAGGCGGCCGAGACAGACGGUGAUAUCGAGAAGAGGCGUGGUAUACCCAACAACGUCAAACUGUUUGAGAUCUUUCACGAACAGGUACAGACGCUGGUCAAGAUGCAGCGGUUGCCAAUACAGGACACAAUCGGAUUACUGGUGUCGCUGGCAAACCUCGCCCUAAAUAUCUAUCCCGAAAGACUCGAUUACAUUGACCAAGUCCUUACCUUUGCAAACCAGAAGGUCGCCGAAUACCAAAACAGCGCCGACCUACACUCACAAGCCACCCAAAGCCAGAUCCUCAGUCUCCUCCUUUCGCCCAUCAAGACCUACAUCUCUCUCUUCACCGCGCUCGCGUUACCGAACUUCAUCCCUCUUUUACAUUCACAACCGUACCCGACUCGGAGAGCAGUUGCCGGCGAAGUCGCAAGGAGUCUGAUGCGGAAUCAGACCUUCAUUGCAUCUGUAGAGAACCUCGAAAGUGUGCUAGAGAUUCUCAAGGUCCUCAUUCGCGAAGGCAUCCAACAAGCCCAAGGAUACCCAGGUGGACCAAUCCAAAGACGAGCACAGGAAACAGAGGAGACAAUAGAAGAGCAAGGAUGGCUAGCGCGGAUAGUACAUCUCAUCCGUGGCAAGGACAACGAUACCCAAUUCAAGCUCCUCCAAGCUGCGCGCAAGUCUUUUGCCGAAGGCAACGAGCGUGUCAAAUACACAUCCCCGGCCAUUAUCACAGCAUCACUCAAGCUCGCACGUCAAUACAAGAAGCGCGAACACUUCGAAGACAACUGGCAAUCGCAGUCAUCAGCUCUUUACAAGUUCAUGCACAACACCCUAUCGACGCUGUACACCCGCGUUACAGGCUCCGCAGAUCUCUCGCUCCGCCUCUUCAUCGCCUGCGGUCAAGUAGCAGAUCAAAACGGUUUCGAGGAGGUCGCGUACGAGUUCUUCGCGCAAGCAUUUACAAUAUAUGAGGAAGCGAUUAGCGAUUCAAGAGCGCAGUUCCAGGCUGUGUGCGUCAUUGCGAGUGGCCUGCAUACAACAAGAAACUUUGGCAAGGAAAACUACGAUACCUUGAUUACAAAGUGCGCGUUGCAUGGAAGCAAGCUACUCAAGAAGCCAGAUCAAUGUCGUGCGGUAUACCUUGCAAGUCACCUGUGGUGGGCGACUGAGAUUAGGGCGUUGGGCGAAGAGGAUCCAAAGAAUCUCUAUCGCGAUGGCAAGCGUGUGCUUGAGUGCUUACAGCGUGCUCUCCGCGUGGCCGAUGCAUGCAUGGACGCUGCGGUCUCUGUUGAACUAUUUGUUGAGAUACUCAACAGAUAUGUCUACUACUUCGACCAAGAGAACGACGCUGUCACGACGAAGUACCUUAACGGCCUCAUCGAGCUCAUUCACUCAAACUUACAAUCCAACGAGAAUGCUUCUUCGCUUGAGAACCCAAGGAAACACUUUCAGCGCACCCUGGAUUACAUAGCGAGUCGAGAGUACGAAGGCGUGGUCACGGCACCGAAGUAA